AUGAGAACGAAAACGGCGAAACAAGAAGAGAUUUGGGAACAAUCGCCCAGACGACCUACCGUCAGCUUGGCGUCGCUUCGCAAGAUUUUGGUACCCAAAGUAGUGGAACCGGGACUUCGCAUCCUCCGUCUGGUCACUUUUUUUUUUUUUUUAAAGGAAAUGUUGUACCCUUUCGAACAACGUCUCUUCCCAAUUCAACACCUCCUCGCAGCCCGCCCACUGGUUCCUUCCCACCCACUACCUCGCCCCUCCACCCGCCCCCAGUCUGCGCAUGCGCCCGAAGAACCCCUCCACUCGCGGCACCGGCGGAGAGUAUUGUCGGGGGCUAUUCUCUCUCCCAGGAACAUGGCGGCGAGUCAGGGAGGUGGUGGUAACAGUGGGGGCGGCGGUUGCGGUGGAGGUGGAAGUAGCGGCGGCGGCGGCGGCGCUGCCGGAGGAGGAGGAGGCGGCGGGGCCGGAGCGGGAGGCGGCGGCGGCGAUCUUUCCAGAAAUCGUUUUACAGAAAUUCCUUCUGACGUCUGGUUAUUUGCACCUCUUGAAACAUUAAAUUUAUAUCAUAAUUGCAUCAAAGCCAUUCCUGAAGCCAUUAAAAACCUGCAGAUGUUAACAUACCUUAACAUUAGGAUAUUAGUUGCAAUGAAAUUCAGGUCCUUCCCCAACAAAUGGGAAAAUUACAUUCACUCAGAGAACUUAACAUAAGAAGAAAUAAUCUUCAUGUUUUGCCAGAUGAGUUAGGAGAUCUUCCCUUGGUCAAGCUGGAUUUCUCUUGUAAUAAAGUGACAGAAAUUCCAGUUUGUUAUAGGAAGCUGCAUCUUUUACAAGUAAUAAUUUUGGAUAACAAUCCAUUGCAAGUACCACCAGCACAGAUAUGCUUGAAGGGUAAAGUGCAUAUAUUUAAGUACUUAAAUAUCCAAGCAUGUUGUAGAAUGGAUAAGAAACCAGAUUCUCUGGAUCUUCCAUCACUGAGCAAGAGAAUGCCCUCUCAGCCACUCACAGACAGUAUUGAAGAUUUUUAUCCAAAUAAAAAUCAUGGCCCUGACUCUGGAAUUGGAAGUGAUAAUGGAGAGAAACGAUUAUCUACAACAGAACCAUCAGAUGAUGAUACAAUCAGCCUUCACUCUCAAGUAUCGGAGUCAAAUAGAGAGCAGAUAUCAAGAAAUGACAGUCACACAAUAGGAAGCAAGCCUGAUUCUCAGAAAGACCAAGAGGUAUAUGAUUUCACUGACCCCAACGCAGAAGAUGUCACUGUUCCUGAACAAGGCAAUACACAUAUGGGACCAUUCGUCUCUUUCCUUAAGGGAAAAGAAAAGUGCUCUGAAAAAUCUCAGAAAAAUGAAGAACUAAGAAAUGAAAAAAGACUCGAGAAAGAACAGUUACUUAGAGAAGAAGAUGAUGAUGAUUUGAAGGAAGUAACUGAUUUGAGGAAAAUAGCUGCUCAAUUAUUGAAGCAGGAACAGAAGAACAGUGUCUCGGCAGAAGAAGUUAAUUCACCAUCAUCACUGCUUGCGUGGCAGCCAUUAGAAAAUCAGAAGGAUCAAAUAGAUGAGCACCUGUGGCCAGAAUCUCAACCUAUAAUUUGGCAAAGUGAAGAGAGGAGGCGGAGCAAGCAGAUUAGAAAAGAAUAUCUCAAGUACAAAUCAAUGAGGAAGAGUUCAAGCAGCAAUGAAAAUGAUGAGCAAGACAGUGACUAUGCUAAUAUGUCACCACAAUCUCCAGUAUCAUCUGAGGAAUAUGACAGAACUGAUGCUUUUUCACAUGGUCCCUUUGGAUUGAAGCCUAGAUCAGCUUUUAGCCGCUCAUCUCGCCAGGAAUAUGGGGCAACAGAUCCAGGAUUUACAAUGAGAAGAAAGAUGGAACAUUUACGGGAAGAGCGAGAACAAAUACGACAACUUCGGAAUAAUCUCGAAUCCAGGUUAAAAGUAAUUUUGCCUGAUGAUAUUGGAGCUGCACUGAUGGAUGGCGUUGUUCUUUGCCAUUUAGCCAAUCACAUAAGGCCACGCUCUGUAGCUAGUAUUCAUGUACCAUCGCCAGCAGUGCCCAAGCUGAGCAUGGCAAAAUGUCGAAGAAAUGUAGAAAAUUUUUUGGAUGCUUGUAAAAAGCUGGGUGUCUCACAGGAAAGACUCUGUUUGCCUCAUCAUAUUUUGGAAGAACGAGGCCUUGUGAAAGUUGGUGUUACUGUACAGGCGCUUCUUGAAUUACCUACAACCAAGGCAUCUCAGCUGUCUGUGGCUUGAUAUAACAUUUUUUAAGUCAAACGUAUACAGUUUCAUUUACUUGAAGUGAUUUAAGAUAUCUCAAGUUCAUGAAUAGCAAUGUUCUGUCAAGAAUAGUUUGCCUUAGGGUUUUUUAAAAAUUAUGUUAAAACAUCAAACUUAAACUUUGAAUUGCCCAAACUUCUUUUGCGGGGAAACUGGAUUAAUUUAAUAAGAGUUUUUGAUAAAUUCAAAUUCUCUUUUUGCAAAGUCACUUCAUAACCUUAUUUUUCAAAAAUCAGAUUCAUACUAAAUUUAAGAAAUACUUUCAAUUUAAUAAUCACGUUAGGUUUAGUUUUUUUUAACAUAACAUCCUAGUAAACAUCUGGAUGAAGGUAAUAAUUUUUUAACAAUUUAAUUCUCCAUUUGAGUUAUUUAAUACACUUCUAAUUCUACUUUAUACACAAUUUCUUCAAUCUUUAGUCUUAGUUUUCUAGGGAAAAAAAUGAGUAGAAGAAACAACUUUGGCAUUAUAUUCUUUUAGUACUAUAGGUUAGUGCCAAAAUAUUUUCAUUUGUACUGUAGAUUGUUUACAUGUGAAGUGCCUGUGUAAUUGAUGAAUCCUAUAUAGUCUUAAGCAUUUUUAUAAUUUCUUUUUAUGUAUUAAUAGAGUCAAUGGAACUUUAAAAUAUUUUAGUAGAUUUUGUAAAGUCAGUAUUAUGUGAGGAUUUAAAUGUACCUCACAUUGUGACAUUUGUGAUUUUUUUAGUUAGUCCAUUGCAGUUCUCCUUAAAUUGGUUAUUUCAUGUUUUCAAAAACCCCAAUGUUAAUAUGCUUAAUUUAUGCUAUUUAAUUUUGCAAAACUUAACCAUCUUUUAAAAUGUAUUAUUUGAAGAGUAUUUUAUUUCUGUAUUGAAAAUGUUACACAAAGCAGUAAGAUUUUUGAGAACUAGUAAAGUACUAAUUACGAAGGACAUUUUGAUAAAACUAAAGUUUGGGUUUGUAUUUUGACUUCCAGGAACAUUACACCAGGGUUGCUUUUAACUAUAUUCAGAGAGCAGCCAUUGAGGAAUAGGUUUUUAUUAAAAUGGCCAUUUGUGGAUACUGUAUACCUAUGGUCCUCAAAUAACUCAGUGUUAAAUGAAAUAUAGAUUGAUCCAUAAAUAUUUUCAUGAGGUACUAUGGUAUAUAUAGUCCUUGUCUAAUUUAGAGAUGGGUGAUUUUAUGUUCGUAGUAGUACAGGAAUUUUUCAAAAACAUUACUGUAAUGGAUAACUCAGUUUCCUAUAGAAGAAUCUUAGUAAUUACUUUUGUAGUAGCCAAGCAAGUAUCAUAUCUUAAAUAUGUGAUCAUUUGCACUUGUUACCUCUUAAUAUGGAUGCAACUUAUUAAAAAUGCUGGCCCGGGUAUUUCAAAGGGUAUAUAUAAAAGGUAAUAACUAGUGUGCCAAAUGGUAUAGUAAGAGUUAGUUUAGGAACAACUCUACUAUUUUUUGUCAUUUGGCAUGAGGCCAUAUAAUUAAAUUUUGGCUUUAGAAUACAGAUGUGUUCUUUACAUUCCCUAAGGGUCAAAUUGGAGCUUUUAAAGAAUUAAAGCUUCUUAUGACUGUAAGGUUUAAGAAUUAAAUUAUUGGUAAUUUAUUACUUUAAAUAUUUGAGCUAAUUAGUUAUUUUUCAGUUGGAUUAAAGAACCUCACUGACAUAAUUCCUAGUGAAAACUUGGAUAAUGUACCUAAGAAAUGACAAGUUAGUACCUUAGUUGCUGAGUUUUUAGUUUAGAAAUUUGACAGUGUUAUAAAUUAAGAAAUCAUUAAAACCAACAGCACUCAUUCAUACUUCUUUCCCAGUUGUCAUGCUGUAGAAUUGCUCUUAUUAAUCAAUCUAGUGUUAAUUAUUUUGUUUCAUAUCAUGGAAAUAGUACUAAAAUUGUUGGCUAUUCCUUUGUUAGAUCUCACUUGCCGGUUAUUACUUUAAAGAGAAAAUACACCAGAACCUAACUGUAGCAUUCUUUUCUGCAAAACUUUUAUUUAAUAUCAAUUCAUCAGAGUUCCAUUCCAUGCUAGUUCAUUUAUUAUUGUGCCAAAAGGCUACACCACCUCUAACACAGUUUCACAGGAUAGUCCCCAAAGACAACACUGUACUAAGGCUCUGAUGUUUUUCUUUUAGCAGUUUUAAAGGUAAAAUUUAUUCUAAAUGUCUUAUGGUUGUUAUAUAUUUACUUCAUCAGUUAUUGAAUUAAGAAUGAGUGCCAUUAUUUGAAAGGGUUUAUGAUUUGUUGAGGGUUGAAUAAUCACACUAAAAUAUUUUAUUGGCCCCUAAAAAUUCAAUAUAUAGCUAUUUCUGGUACAUAUGAUGACUGUAUGGCACAAGAAAGGAACGAUGUUGGAUAUGUUAGAAUUGAAACAAGGAGUAAAAAUGCAUUUCCUUUUGUUUAAUAACUUCCUUUAUAGAAUGCCGGUUUAAUGACUUUUCUAAGUGAAAUUUUUGAAGAAUUCAGAAAGAUUUGUAUUGGUUACAGAUAUCAUAAUUGAUUUUUUGACGUGUUUAAAGAUAAAUGGAACACUAAAUGUAUAUUACCGAUGCAAACUUGGAUAAAGUUGAAUGAAAAGAU